AUGGAUGACGACAAUGAUGACAUGGAUUCCAAAGAUGCCAUGGUAGAGAGCAUUCUUCGCGACUUCAACUACAAACUUCGCUGCAUGCUGAUGGAGCGCAACCGUAAGUUGACUGUCAAAACUGUGAUGGCGUCAUUUGAACCGUCUUCCAUCUACGGAAGCCGGGUUGGCUGGCAAGAACUCUUGCUUGUGACAGCAGGUGAUGCAAAGAACGUGUUCCACAAGUCAAGUCUUUGGAAACAGGGGCAUGUGUCCAACAUCUCCAUGCUGCCCCGAUCAGAAAUGCUGAAACCUCCAAGAUCUGAGGGGAAGUACGGAGCUGACGGGCGAUUCACACGCGUCCAGGAAAUGAAACAGUUCUGUGGUGGCACCUCAUUCAUCUCCAAAGUGGUGGAGGCUUUGCAGACGACCGGCGAGGUCCCCACGGUGCUCCUGGACUUGUUCGGCUUUGAUGGAAGGCCUGGAUGCUAUUCCAUUGUUCAGUCAUCUCGAGGAAAAAAAGUUGCCUGCGCCACAGUUUGUCAUACAAAGCUGGAGGCGGGCUUUGUGAGUGGCAUCCUUUCCCAGAAGUUGUUCGGCAUGGCCAAAAACGCCGAGUACAAGAUUGCUGGGUUCCCUGAUUUCAGCGCUGCUCUCACUGAUCUGAAGCAAUUUCAAUCCUCGCCGCCGCCGACCUAUGAAGUUUGCGUGCCCACCGGCAAUGGAGUGCUCGUUGUGAAAGAGUCGCUCAUACAAUUUUGGCGAUCCAAAGGGGCUGACUUUGCUGAUAAGUUCACCUCCUUGCUUGACAAGCACAAUGCUGAGUUUAAUCCGGAAGGAUUGAGGAGGGGGAGCGAGUCUGAGGUUCCAGAGGGAGAUGAAGAAGGACCACCGUCCAAGAGGCUUUGCCUUGGAACCAAGGCAACGAUGGGAGAGCUUGAGAUUCAGUGUCCAGAGGCAGAGAGGAUCACUUUGAAUGCUGGCAGCUUCUCGCUUCACCUCAAUGAGAAUGCAGGGCAGCUGUGGGUUGGGUGCAGCACUGCUGAGUAUACAGUGCCACAGCACACAGAACUUUUUGGGUUCGGCAGCGGAGACUUCCUCAAAGGCAGUGAAGCCCAAGAUGUCAUGACUGCCGAUGGUCGGUGGGUUCGGUACUUCAUGGACUCCAAUGAGGCUUUGAUCAUUCUUGAGAAGCAGCGGAAGACACCAGACCACUUGGAGAGCGCGACGUUCUUCAACAAGGUGAUGAGUCUCAACACUGUGCUCAAAAGCUUGGAGGAUGCGGCGGAGGUUGGGGUUCAGCUGGCAGAACAUCAGCUGACCAAAGACUCCGCGGGCAACUUUGGUGUGAAGCCUCUCGAUAACGUUUGUUUCACUCUCGAUGCUUUGAAGCCACGGAAGAGGGCCAAGGCCGCCAAUGCUUUGACGUUUGGGGCGAAGCUUGACAUGGCGAAGACGAGGCUUUCGCCCAACAUUAUCAUUGCUUGGCGCAUGAGGCUGCACAUGGAGACUGGCAACGGAAGCGUGAGCACCCAAUUG